UGACUGUCUUCUUAAGCACUUUGACUCCAAAAUUCUACUUUGCCCUUACAGUGACUUCAUCUUUUAUAUCUGGACUGAUAUUUGUGUUUGAGUGGUGGCAUUUCCGAAAAUACGGCACAUCUUUCAUCGAGCAGGUUUCUUUGAGUCAUUUGAGGCCCCUUAUCGGUGGCGUAGAAAACAGCCCUCCAGCACCAGCAGCGUUCUCGGCUGGAGAGAGCGAGACCAGCAGGCAGAACAUGCCAGAGUGCAAAGUGUGGCGAAAUCCUCUCAAUCUUUUCAGAGGGGCAGAGUAUAGCAGAUACAUGUGGGUGACUGGGAAGGAGCCUCUUACGUACUAUGACAUGAAUUUGUCUGCUCAAGAUCAUCAAAACUUUUUCACCUGUGAUACAGAUGCCCUUCGGCCUUCAGAUACAGUUAUGCAGAAAGCGUGGCGAGAGAGAAACCCUCAAGCCCGGAUUAAAGCAGCAUAUCAAGCUUUAGAGUUGAACAAUGAUUGUGCCACUGCAUAUGUCCUCCUGGCUGAGGAAGAAGCAACGACUAUUGUCGAUGCUGAGAAGUAUUUCAAGCAGGCUCUGAAAGCAGGAGAAAUGAUUUACAGGAGGUCUCAGAACUGCCAUGCCCAAAGUCCCCAGCACGAAGCACAGCUGAGAAGAGACACCAAUGUAUUGGUGUAUGUGAAAAGGAGACUAGCUAUGUGUGCGAGAAAACUGGGAAGAAUACGAGAAGCAGUAAAAAUGAUGAGAGAUUUGAUGAAAGAGUUUCCACUUCUCAGCAUGAUGAAUAUUCAUGAAAACCUCCUGGAGGCACUACUGGAGUUACAGGCUUAUGCAGAUGUCCAGGCAAUUCUAGCCAAGUAUGAUGAUAUCAGUCUUCCAAAAUCAGCAGCAAUAUGUUACACAGCAGCCCUGUUAAAAGCCAGAGCUGUUUCAGAAAGGUUCUCCCCGGAAACUGCAUCCAAAAGAGGGCUCAGCACAGCAGAAAUUAACGCUGUGGAAGCAAUUCACAGAGCUGUGGAAUUUAACCCUCAUGUUCCAAAGUAUUUGCUAGAAAUGAAAAGCUUAGUGCUACCUCCAGAGCACAUUCUGAAGCGAGGGGACAGUGAGGCAGUAGCAUACGCGUUUUUUCACCUCCAGCACUGGAAGAGGAUAGAAGGGGCUCUAAAUCUGCUACACUGCACAUGGGAAGGCACGUUCAGGAUGAUCCCAUACCCGUUAGAGAAAGGUCACCUUUUCUAUCCCUAUCCGAGUUGCACAGAAACAGCAGACAGAGAACUGUUGCCAACAUUUCACGAAGUCUCUGUUUACCCACAGAAGGAGCUUCCCUUUUUCAUCCAUUUCACAGCAGGCCUCUGUUCCUUUUCGGCAAUGCUUGCCCUCCUUACGCACCAGUUCCCUGAGCUGAUGGUCAUCUUUGCUAAAGCUGUGCUGCGGGUGCUGUGGCCCGUGAGUGCUCCCAGCGUGCUGGCCUCCAGCUGA